AUUGGACGACGUCCUGACCUCUGCAGAGUAGGAUAUGGAUGUGUCUUAACAGAAAGAGAACAAAAUUUGCUUAUAAAGCCGACAGCCCUGAACUUACGUAGCUCUCAAGUUGUUCCUGCCUUCAACUAAUAGCUCGGUACGAGGACUGACCUAYAAAGUUUCAGCAUGCUCCGUCUUAUAUCACUGGCCCUUCUUGGAAUCUGUCUCCCGUUGAUUGUAGCCUUUCCAGCCAACAAUGCUGCAGUUAAAGUGGCAUCUUUGACUGGUCCCACAAAGUACGCCGCCUGUAAAUCUCUCGACUGUCCGCCAUUCCGUGUAGUCCAGAAGAUUGCGCCUGAUGUGGAACUGAGAGAAUAUUCUCGGGUUUGGUGGGCCAGCGCUAAAGCGCAAGCCCCUAGAAUCAAUAGAAAUGUUACAACACCCCUGUACUGGCUUCUUCGUGGCUACAUUUCGAAUAGCAACAAGCAAUUGCAAACACUCAAAAGCAAAUUUUGCAACAAUGGAAGUCAAAGUGCGAAUAAAGGCAUACUGUGUCAAAGAAGGACACUCAAGAUGGGAGUUCCAGUUACGAAGCUCAUUGAAUCUACAAAAACAGGAAUGAAAGAGGUAACCAUGUCGUUCUACCUGUCAGUUCCCAGUCCACCUCGACCAUCUGAUAGUAAGGUGUGGCUGGAGUACAAGCCACUACAAGUCUAUGUCAAGAUAUUCAAAGGUAGAUCCUUCUACAUCAGGAUGGGAGAGGGCCACGCACAUAUCCUGGCAAAUGACUUGAUCCGUCGUGGAGUCGAUGGAACAGCAUUCUACCCACCUAGUGCAAAGUACAUGACUGCUGGAUACGAUGGUCCAUUUAUCCCCCGUCGUUUAAGAACCAAUGAGGUUUGGCUUAUCAAGAAGCCAUCAAGCAUCAAGUGAACAUGAUUAUCCACAAGACUGACAUAUGAAUGAAAUGUGAUUUAGUUUUUCUUGGUUUAAUUUUGUACCCUUUCAUACUUUCAUCCCUUCUAGCAGAGUUGAGUUCUACCCUACUUCUUUGCAUUUAGGAAAAGAAUUAGGACUCUAUAAGCAGAGAUUCAGGAAUUUAGUUUUGUCCAUUUGAACGUUAUCUACAAAAAUGUUAUUUCCAUAGUUAAAUUCUGCAAAUUAAUAAAAUGACCGUGCAUUGA